AUGUUAGUAUUUUAUUGUUGUAUAGUUCGAAUUUUAUUGAAUAUUAUAGCUGUGUCUUCAUGUUGUGAACAAACAUUAAAUUUACUUGAUAAACAUACAAAAUGUACAUGUCAUUAUUUUAAUUUUAAUGAAAAUUGCUUAGCAAAAAAUAUACAUACAAAAUUAAUGUCAGUUGAUCCAUCUACUUGUUCUUUUCUAUCAUCUCGAUUAUCAAUAAAUAUUAUACCUUCUCUAGAAUAUCUUUCUAAUGUUCAAUGUAUUUCAACUAUUGCUGAUUUUUGUUUUUGGUAUGAUGUACGAUCUGCAUUAUUAGAUAUUAUUGAUCGAAUAGUAACAAUGAAUGCAACUCAAAUUUAUCUAACUGAAAAAAUAUCUCCAACUAUAGUAAAAUUACAUAUUCCACCAAUAAAUACAGUUUAUCGAAAGAUUCGACGACCAAAAACUUCAAUUGCAGUACAAACAUCACAUGAUUAUGAUCAACGACGAAAUGCUAAAGUACAAGCAAAUACAGUGACAAUUUUUUCAUUACAAAAACCAAAUCUUUCUUCAUCGAAAUUAUUUUUAAAUUAA